AUGAAGAUAGUUGCGUCCUGGGCGUGGUUCUACUCCAACAGCUGCUGCCUGUGCUGCCAUGUCCACACUGACACCAUGCUGCUCGGCAUGUGGUACCUGAUCAUCAAUGCUGUGUUCCUGGUGAUCUUAUUGAGCACUCUGGCUGAUCUAAACCAGUAUUCUUUUUCAAGUGCUGAGCUCAGAGGGAACUCUGAGUUCAUGGAUGACGCCAACAUGUAUAUUGCCAUUGUGAUUUCCCUUCUCAUGAUCCUGAUAUGUGCGAUGGCUACCUAUGGUGCAUACAAGCAACAUGCUGCAUGAAUCAUCACGUUCUUCUGUUACAUCUUUGAUUUUGCCCUGAACACCUUGGUGGCGAUCACUGUGCUUGUUUAUCUAAACUCUAUCCAGGAAUAUGUAAGGCAGCUGCCUCCUCACUUUCCCUACAGAGAUGAUAUCAUCUCAGUGAACCCUGCCUGCUUAGUCCUUAUUAUCCUCCUGUUUCUCAGCAUUAUCUUGACAUUCAAGGGCUCCUUGACUAGCUGCGUUUGGAACUGCUACCAAUACAUCAAUGGCAGGAACUCCUCUGAUGUACCGGUUUAUGUUACUAGCGAUGAUACCACGGUGCUCCUGCCCCCGUAUGAAGAUGACACUGCAGUGAGUUGUACCACCAAGGAGCCACCACCACCGUACAUGUCUGCCUGA